AUGCAAAUGGAAUCAUGGCGGCAACGAGGUUAUGUCCCUGACUCGGACUCGGACGAAGAAGAUGGAUUCGAUUCGAUAGAGGCGAAGAAAGCAACUCUCGCCAAUGGCUCUGAUGUUCAUGAUCUCGACUAUAUCUCUAUCCCCAUCCCUGCGUCGAAGCCGAAGUUGAAGGAAGGGACGAACGGUUCAACGGAAGAGCAGCACGAACGGGAUGGUGCUGAGGACGGCUCGAUUACAUUGUUGGAUGUUGAGGAGGAGACUCGCCGGGACUCGCCUGAGAAAGGUCUUGGAAACCAGCAGGCUACGAAGUCUAAGGCCGAGGACGAACGGAGAACUAUAUACACAGAGCCCGAGGGAGGGACUGAACACGAUGGAAAUGAGGAGAUCACGCCAGCCCGUCGACGAGGGCGCAAGACCUACGGUACCCGGUCAUCGGCUACGAAAACGAGGAAUCGUCGCAGCAGCGAGCUGCGCAAGACCCCGGCGACGAAUACAGACAGAAUAUACGAUUUUCCGGAGUCCUCGCAGGAAAAAGACAAGCCUUCAUCGAAACCUGCAAGUCUGGAGUCCACUCCGAAAGCUUUGAAGCCUGGAGGGCUGUCACCACCGCGAGUUAUAACAGAGCCUCGGACGCCCAGGGCUAAUAUUCGGGUUGAGAUUCCGAGAUCUAUUAGCUCCUCGCCAGAUGAGCUGAGCCUGGUUCCUCUGCCUACCCGGAGAAAGACGCCUGUGGUCCAUCGUGUCCAGCCGAGAGAGGUAUCGCCACCUCCAGCAUCGCCGCAAGUGAACUCGGACGAUGACUCCCCGUUGUCUUCUGUGCCGUCCUCGCUUGGCUCGACGCCAGGCCACAAUCCUAUGGAGACAGAGAAGGUGGUAAGUGGAGAAGAGAACGGAGAUGCACAGCCACAGACAGCAAUGCUCUCUGAUCUAAAAGACACGCUAGAUGACCUACUGCCUCAUCUGGAUAUCCCUGAAGACGUCUUGCGGGAAAUGCCUCAAGCAGAACAAAGAACAUUUCGAAAGCGAAAUGCCAUCCAGUUGCAGCCAUACUACUUGGAACAGCUAAAGUAUGCGCAGCAAAUGAAAGCGCGAGGCCUCAAACCAAUUCGUCAAGCUGUUCGCCCGCAGGUACAGCAAACUACAGAUGAGAGCCAAGGGCAAGAUUCAUUCGACCCGAAUAUGCCUCCCUCAAGCCCUCCCCAGGAGGAGUAUCUUCUGCCUGCCAGGCCAGAGAAGCCGCGAAAUUCUGUUAGACAAGAUCGGGAACAUAAUGACUCUGAAACACCUCGAAACUGGGAAGCGCAUAUGGUGAAACGACGGAAGAUCUCACACUCUGGCACACCUCGUGCACGUCGGGAUCGUUUGCACAAGCCGUCUAAACCUCGCGGGAUCAGAGAUACAGCCCCCAAAAACCAGGGUGGCCCUAUCGUUUAUGAUCUUUCAUCCAGCCCGCCACACACAGGCCGCCUAUCUUCUGCAUCAAAAACCCCUCGAGCAUCAGUCGGGUUCCGCUUUCCUCGCGGAUGGACGCCACCACCCGGGGUAACAAAUCCUAGGGCCCAGGAAGAAGAGAAAUCAGAUGAGGACGAGCCACCUGAGCCAGACGCUGACCACGACGAGGAGAUACAAUCUGUCUCUUCUGAUAGCCAGCCGAGUGACCAUGAGCAGAACCAGGCGGAUGCAGAAGAACGUGCCAUUCGACGAGAGCAACGGCGGAUUCGGGGAGUCCUUCCCGCGUCAUGGUUUAGGCUUGAUCAAAAAGCCAACGAAGAUAAAGCAAAGCCCUCACAACAUGAUCGUCAUGUUGGGCACCGCCCAGAGGGGAAAGGUGUUGCACGAAAGUUGAUUCGGAGAGGCGAUCGCUCGAAACCAGCAGCCACACAGCAGCCAACCAGCCUCUUUGAUCUUGGAGACUCUGAUGACGACGAAGGCGACCGCAACGACGACAACAGAACCGCGCCUAUCACCGAUGGCUCCAGCUAUCGUUUAGCUGGUACAGCUCACUCCGAAGACCCCUUUGCGCUGGAUGCAGGUGAUAUAUCGGAAGAUAAUCGUAUUGACUACAUGUUUGCACCAGCCCCACGCAACGCCACUGGAAAUCGACACAAGCGAAAGAGCUUGAAGAGGCCGAAAUCGAAAGAAGGCAUGACUCACGAUGAAAGGCAACGAAAGAGGCCUAAGCAAACUCGGAUGACCGAUGCUUCGUAUGGAGGACGGAGAACAAAGAAAUCGUCCACUGUUUCACGGCCACGCUUAGGCAUAUUGGAUGCACCAGAUGUUGCUACACAGCCUCGCAAAGAGCAACCACAUUUUCUUAGGGUUGCAGCAAGAUGUGCACGCUCCCGCCGAGAUGGAGGCAGACAAAGCCCUACUCAAAAAUUCUUGAAGCUAGCCUCAAGAGCUGACACGGUGGAUGCAAAUGAGACCUUACGAGACUGGAAGACGGGAGCAAUUCGGCAGUCCAGAAUUAGUCCACCACAGCCUAGGGUUCGCAUGCGUCAGCAAGCACCAAAGAAGCCGUCAAUUCUUGGUCCUCGUGCUAUGCCAAACGCUGGCCAGGGAAGAAAUGCUCGAAUAACCAAUCAUUUUCCCACAGAGAAAGAUGAGGUUGUUCCACGGAGCUACCCUGCUGAACUGUCACAAUCACCACCUGAAUCUGGUGCAAUCUCAGUGACAUCGAACCAAACCCCUGAACUAGAGUUUUCUUCUCGACGUCAGCCAGAACAGCGAGGGAACACCUGGGUUAUUCCUAGGAAUACUGCAAUCACUUCCUUGAAAAGGAAUGCCCCUCGGCCUGCUGUAACGAGUUCGGCGGGCCCUGGUGGGAGCAAGAAAUUGACACCGGCUGCUUUCAAUCAGUCACUAUCCCUGAUCAACCGACAUUAUCGCAACCAACGCACGUCCCAAAGUUACAGGCCUAGCCUGACUUUGGACCGUUACCUUACUGACAGUGGAUCGACAAGUGGUGGAGUCAAUCCGUCGCCCAGACCUCCAGCUGCACCUCCAGUUGAACCAACAAAUCAAGCGCCAGCCCAGAAAGCUCUUCCACAUCGACGACGGCUGAAGAAGCAUACUCCAAAUCGUAUCAAUCUCGACACUGAUGAGUUCCGCCAGAUGCAAGACACUGCGGUAAUUGUCUCUGACAAUCAAGAACCUCCUACUAUAACCCACAUCGGAAAUGCACAGCCUUCAUCUUUGAGUGUUGGUGGACUGUUCAACUGGCAUCGUUUCUACCCGGUCGACUUCGGUAUACCAUCCCUACGUGACAACACAUUCUUCCAUGAAUCUACUUUCAUAGGAAGCGGGGAGUUUUCCCGAACAAUGCAGCUCGCAAAGCGAAACUUGGAUGGGGGUGCUAGUUCAUUUUCUAUUCAAGCCAGGGACCAGACCUUUCAAUGGAGCAGCUGGAACGACACUGUCUCCUCUGAAAUGGGCCAUGUCUUUGAUGUGAUAAUCGACAACGUUGAGCGAAGUGCUACCACCUCACCCGAAGUGGGAAUCACCGCUGCUCUGGGGGUGGCAUCACGCAUUUACAGGUUGUUGAUCAAAUACAUCACGGAGAACCUAGUGUUCAUUGAUCCAGUUGAUCGGACCGGCUUCAUCACUAGAGCCAUGGGGCUGGUCUCCGUGGUCAGAGAUCCCCUGGUUGCCUUUCUUUCCAGUGAUGAAUACAACAAAAAAGGCCUAGUCAAGGUUGCUUGCUUUGACGUAGUAUUCUCGAACCUGAUCUAUCAAAUUGCUUCUCACCAGCUUGUCAGCCCUGCGCUUGCCAUUGAAGCGCAAGACCUGGUUAAAGUCUCUGCCAGAGAUGUUGCGGGAUUGAUCACAACUGAUGUUGGUUCCUCUGAGUUUAAGAGGUUCCUCGACGAAAACAACAAGACUGAGCGUCGCGAAUCAGGCAUUCGCGAUGAAUACCCAUCUGUGGAGGCUUACGUUGUGAUCAAACACCUGCUGCGUAGCUCAGAGCAAUACAGGGGCUGUUUUGAAGAACUGCAAUUAGAGACCUUCAACGGUAAUGUCAUUCGCAAUGAAAAGGAUGUUAGUAGCCUGGAGGAUGGAUGGCGUGGCCUGUUCACGGUCUUGCCGUUCAACGAGAUGGAUCAGUUCGGGAUAGGGCGGAAUGGAUACCAACUGACAGUUGUCCAUGAUAACUGGAAAUUGGUCCAAAGACUUCUUUCUCCUGCUCUGGAUCACUCCGAGGCGAACUCUACGACCCAGCCUUUCUCAUACAACGGCUACUGUCGAACCCUCUUCCACCGGUGUCACCGUCUCAUCAAUUCCUGGGGGUGGCGAGAAUGCAAACCUAUCUUGGACACACUUUUUGACUUCUUCGCGAAAAACACUCUAUACAAUCUGAAGUUCGAGGAAGCUCGUGGGUCGCCUUCUUUCCUCGAUGAACUCGAUGGCAAUCCAUCUCUGGACGCCCGAGUUGGAGAACCAUGCUUCCACACAUUCCUCAAGAUUAUAGCGAGUGGUCUACGUUUCCUUGCGAAGAGAUAUGACAAGAAAAAGAUUCGAAACUUUGCCUGGCGCCUACUACCUAAUCAUGGCCGCGUGUACCCAAAAGAGCAACCAUUGCGACACGAGGACCUCGACGCACUAAGAAAUCACCAUGAUCUCCUGAGUACCCUGUACUGGGCUGUUCCUGAUGGGUGUCGUCCCCGACUGGAAACAAUACGCAAUCUGGUUCACCCUGCCACCUCACACCGAGAAGCCUGCAGUAUCAGUUUACGUUCUUGGUCGCGACUUGUUCGAUUCAAACUUUCCACAGAUGAGGAUGUUUCCGGCCUCGAUCCGUUCGGUGACUGGUAUGGCUAUUUCGUAACAGAGCUACAACAACAACAUUCAUACGCUCGCAAAGAGAUCGAGUCUCAAAGUACUGGCGACAAUCGGGUUUCCCAGCAGCUUAUCGAACGCACAAUCUCCCAAAAUCAGCGGCAGAUCGAGACCCUGUUGAGCACAGCGCUUGCUGGGCUGCGUACUGCUGUCGAACUCGCUCCCAAACUGGAGCAUGCGCAUAGGCUGGUUCUGAAGACGCCUUUUGCCUCGAUCCUUGCGCUCUUCAACCCAAAACUUCCACGGGUGAACGUUGUUGUAUCUGAGGCUUUGCAGGUGCUAGUGCUGUACACCCAGAAGGAUCUUCCCGCUGCAUCGGUAGCAGAGGCUCCCGCGGCAGUGGCUAUUGAUGAGGAUAGUCAAGAGUUUGGGGACUGGGCUGCUAUUGAGGCUGUUUGGGAACAGCAAACUUCUCCGAGCGAAGCUGUGGAGCAUGUAGAGAGGGAUUUCCAUCCAAUUGUUUCCCGUCUCGUUUCUGACUGCUUUGGUGAGGACCACUGUCCGGAAGAUGCCAUCCUUCUCAGCGUGGUGGAUUGUUGGACCUCAAUCGCGCAGGUUCUUGUUCGCCAUAGACUUCGGAACUGGGACAACUAUCUAAGUGAAUUCGGUGAUGAUUCCUGGGCACGGCUUCGACAGACGGUUCAAACAAGAAAGUUCGCUCCACAGUUCCUCGCCGCUUGUAUCGAGAAGGAUUCGCAAAUUGUUUCGGAUUGCCGUAUCCAAGUUAUGACCAUGUGGAUGACAUCGCUGGUUGAGCGUUCUUCAAUGCUGAAGUUUCAACAUCGGCUUACAGAGGCCCUUCUGAACGAAAGCCCCAAAGAUCCUUUGCUUGGGAAUCUUCCGUUCUCCAAGGAUAAAAAGGACCGGUACACGAUCACACUGGAGGAGAUCAGUUCCCGGAGACUCUCUCUGCUUUCAAGCCUAUCAUCCAAUAUGCGCGAGCAGCUUCAAAACAUGGAGCUCUCCGGCAGUCGGAACUUCUCAGUGACAAAACAAGAGUAUUCUGAGAUACUCCAGCGAGUGAUGACUUCAAUGAAAGACAACUACCGAGAACUAGGCAAUGGGACAGCACAAGCCGCUCAAGGAGCAUAUGUCAGCUUCGUGCAUAGCGUCAUCGGCUUUCUUCAGCAACACACCAGCGAUAUCAAGCCCAUAGACCCUUUCUUCACAGACCCUGCCUCAUUCCCCUUACCAUCUAAUGACCCACGCUACAUCGUUGCCAAGCUGAAACGUUACGAACCGAAGCUGUCGUCCAGCUCAGAAAUUCAGACUCUGACUGGGUUCAUCCAAAGCAUUUCCGAACGCGCCGUCAUCGAUGGCCAACAGGACUACCUGGUCGAUCAAAUCCACACAUCGAUGAACAACAUCUACGAAGCCGGAAAUCCAGAUAAGCCCACCCUCCGUGCCACUCUCCUGCAGUGUGUCUUUCCAGCGUACCUCGAAGAAGCCCUUGGCAACCGCGCCGCCUGGCUGCUCAGCCGUCCCAUCAUCCAGACCAUCACGCUCGUAUUCGAUGACUUGAUCUGCAACCUGGAUACCCUGGACCCAGCCUGUGUGUCAUCAGUCGUCGAAAUGAUCAAGGUUGUGUUCCAAGUAUCCAGCCAAGCACUGUCCAGCCUCGAAAAUCGUCGCCACCGCCUAGCAAGCCCGGCAACUCUAGCAAUGCUCGCCGUGUUCAUGGACAUGAUCUCGUCUGCUCUCCCAGUAGUAGACUACGUCAACCGGGCGACGGGUUCCGGAGAGGAAAUCUUCCCGCUCAUCGAGUGGUUCCGCGAUUUCACCAAUGUUGUAACGGCACAUCUACACAGUGCGGAUUCAAGUGUAGGGUCACCGCCGAGCGAUGCCUUCAUCGCGUUCCCAGACGCACCAGAUACUUCAGCUAGCAGGAAAUCGGACCUUUUCCGCACGGCUCACUCCCUCACAUCUACGGACCUCCAGGCCUAUCUCAAGAAAUGGUCUUGGCAUCAGGGCAAGUAUUAUUUCACUCGUCCGGGACAUGAGUCACAAGAAAUCGAGAUCGAUACUGGGGUUGUUGCGUUGAUGAACAAUCAGUCUGAAGCGUUGAAGGCGUUUGAAGAUGCGGCGAGUGGAUUUUUGCAUCGAGCUGAGCAUGUUAGCUCAGGGGAAGAGCGCCGGGCUCAUAACCCGGAGGUACGUUUCACCGACUCCAUCAAUUACCGCAUUCAGCGAUCCUAA